AGUGUGUCAAAACCGCAACCUGGGUUCACACUGUCUAUCUGAGAAUUUUCUGUGCAAGUGAAGUCUUGAACCCAGUUCUCGCAGCCAGUCUCAUCUCACUUUCCUCUCUUGAAGAACAUUUGAUAACGUCAAUAUCAGAACCAGCAUCAAGGCCCAAAAUAUCGCACCAAACUAUCACACACCAAAGAUAGGAACCUGUUUGUCCCAAAAACCAAACUCAGAAAACCUUUACAUCACCUCGUUGUUUGCACACCAAGCAGGCCACUGCUUACUCCAGCAACAUGGCAACCGAGGAGCACACCAAAAAGAGAAAGCUGCAGGACGAUGACAAGCCCCGCAAGAAGCAGAAGAAGCAGAAGAAGGUGCGGGAGGACGAAGGCGAUCUGGACGUGGAAGCAGGCCUGAACCGGGCCUUUGAGCGGAUGGACGGCCAGCUCGCCGCGGAUUACAUCGCCCAGAAGACACGCCGGUUCGGGACAGAUCUGAGCCCGGUCGAGCUGUCCGAUCUGUACAUCUCAGCCAAUUAUAUCAAGGACAGCACGUCGUGGGAGAAGCCGCGGUCGCUGGAGAACUUGCCAGACUUUCUGGAGGCGUUUGCGAGGGAGUCGGAGAAGCUGGAUAGGGCGCCUAAGAAGGCCGGGUCGCCGCAUACCCUCAUCGUGGCGGGCGCCGGGCUGAGGGCAGCCGAUCUUGUGAGGGCGGUGAGGAAGUUUCAGAAGAAGGACAACUCCGUGGCGAAGCUGUUUGCAAAACACUUCAAGCUCGAAGAGCAGGUCUCGUUCCUACAAAAGAGCCGGACCGGGAUCGCGGUCGGAACACCACAACGUCUGAUCGACCUGAUUGAGAAUGAUGCCUUGUCCCUCGAAAAUCUGAAGAGGAUCGUCGUGGAUGCCUCGCACAUCGAUCAGAAGAAAAGAGGGAUUGUGGACAUGAGGGAAACGAUGCUGCCUCUUGCCAAGUUAUUGUGCAGGGAGGCAUUGAAGGAGAGAUAUGAAGACGACACAGUCAAGCAUAUCGACUUGAUCUUUUAUUAGCACACCAUCUUAGAUACCAUCAAAUUUCACAUGUCGAGCGUUCUGACUUACCCCCCUACAAACUCCGGCCCCCCGUCUUCGUUUAUCUCACACUCUAGAAGAUCCUGCAACCGGGUCUCAGCAGGCACACGAGAAGUGACAGCUCUGGCAAGGGGGUUGCAUCCGAGACACCCGUAACAGUUGGGACAACCAUCACUCCAUUCGUUGAACCCGGGUCUCACAGCAUCACUCUCCUCGUCCUCUCACCGGACGCACGCUAGCAGCAUCCGCGGAGGCGGACCACAACGCCAUCAAGCUGGCGCAAUACACCAGAGAGUGAGCCAAUCGGCGGAUAAUCACUCUAGCUAGGCUGCGAUGGGUACGAAGAAUAAAAUCAAGGCGAG